AUCGCAAAUAUCGGUAAUACCUGUUAUAUCAAUUCAGUUUUGCAAUGUUUAGCUGCUAUUGAAUCAUUUGCUGAAUAUUUCGUUUUAAAGAAAUACGUAAAAGAUCUCAAAGAAAAAAAUCGCCUUCAACAACAGAAUAGUCAUCAAUUUGGAACGGAUGGCUUAAUAACAACAGCCUUUGCCAAUUUACUAAGGUCAUUAUGGUUUAAUGAGCCUACUGAUUCCAUGAUUCGUUACUUUCGAUCAUUGAUUGGUCAUUUCAAUGGCGAUUAUCGAACAUCAACUCAACAAGAUGCUCAAGAGUUACUGGUGUGGCUUUUAGACAAAAUUCAUGAAGAUCUCAAUCUUGCCACUUCGCGUAAAUAUAAAGAUGUUAAAGUAAGCAUUUUUCAAGCUAUUUUAAAUAUUCUUAAAUAUGCUUUAAAAAAAGAAAUAAAAUAA